AUAUGUAAUAGGUCAAGCAGUUCAGCAGUUGUAGAUGUCAUAAUAUCAUACCGGUCAAACGAUGCUAAUAGAAGUAAUACGUUCUAUGCCUAUUAUAAAUAUAUUCUAUAAAAAAUAAUUUAUUAUAUGAGUAUAGACGUAUUAGUUAAUAGUUGGUAUUGGAGGUUUUAAAUUAAUAUUUUUUAUAAUUGUUAUUAUUUAUCAUUAUGCUUAAGACGUGUUACGGUUUGUGUUCACUUCGCACGGGAGUAAAAAUUGUAGCGGUUUAUGAACUGAUUUGUACAAUCGUGUUCUUUUUAAGUGUUUUCGUGUACGAAAUGUUUAGUAAAAUUUAUCAAUUUCAUGAUGAUGUUGACAUUUAUUAUUUUCUACAGUCGUGCAUAAUAAUAAUUACACUAUUAAAACUUUUUGCCAGUGUGUCUUUGAUGCAAUCUACAUUUCAGAACGCCCCGUCGAAGAUAUUUUUUUGGAUUGUGAUCGCUUGCAUAGUUUAUCUUACUGCUUUUAUUGUUUCAAUUAAGAUGUACAUCCACAAAGUGCACCGUAAUAUUUUCUAUGUCGAAUCUACGGACUCCGGAAACCUGAAAUAUCAUCUUCUCCUAGCUUUUAUUUUGAUAAACUUUCUGUCUAUUGUUGAGAUUCACGUCGUCACGUCAUACUACAGAGUAGAGAAACAUUUGAAAGAGAUUGAACAGUGUACGAGAAUGUACACCAUAAUGUCGUCAGUGAAAACUCUUGGAGACGUGGAAAAUAAUAUGUUCAUCCACGACGUCCCGACUCUCCCGAAUACCAGGUGUACCACAGAGGUGGAAACAUCAAUUUUCACUUCUUUUAAAGGAGUACCGGUUUGAUACGAUUCGCUUGUAAGACUAUACUGUAUUUUAUAAUUUACAAACAAUGAUGAAUAUUACCAAAAUACGAAAUUUUUAUUUACUUUUAAAUUAUAUUAUUUUGUUACCAUUAUACUCAAGUUAUUUAUUGUAUACCUAAUUUUAAACUUACUACGUACGGUUGUGAAAACUAUUAGAUAUAAAUAGGAAAUAAUAAAAAUAAAUGUUUAAAUAAUAAAUGGAGUUAAAUCUGAAA